AUGGGUGAGGCUCAAGUAACAGGCCAGUACUUGGCCAAGCUCCCCGGAGACUGCUGCACGAAAGGCUGCAUCCACAAAGGCAACCCGCGCGGAGCGUACGAGACGAUCGCUGGAGUGGAAACGUACGUUGUCCACCCACCACCCGAACGCGCCAACGGCCGAAUUGUUCUGUACUUUGCCGACAUUUUCGGUCUGUACACCAAUGGCCUGCUCGUCAUGGAUAGCUUCGCGGACGCGGGCUACCUUGCCCUCGGACUUGACUACUUCGAUGGUGACCCAAUCUGGAAACAUCAGCCUCCGUCUGAGGAUAGCAAGGGCCAGAGCUACGACUUCCGGGAUUGGAUCGACCCCAGCUUUGACUUCCAUGGCUGGGUCAACAAGCACAUUGCCUUUGCUGACGACGCCGUGCCCAGGUGGACGGCUGCCGUCAAGCAGCGGUACGGCCAGGCCGACACCAAGUACACCUGCGUCGGGUACUGCUUUGGGGCUCCGUACGUCUGCGACUUGCUUGCCAGAGACGACGUAUCGGCCGGGGCCAUCGCCCACCCUGCGUCUCUGAAGGACAGCCAUUUCGCCAACAUAAAGAGACCCCUAUUUCUCUCCUGCGCGCAGGUGGACUACACCUUUUCGCAGGAGUCGCGCCGCAAGGCGCUCGACAUUCUGCACAGCGGCAAGAAGACAUGGGAGCUGCAGCUAUUCACCGACGUCGAGCACGGGUUCGCGCUGCGCAGCGACUUGGACGAUCCGUAUCAACGCUACGUCAAGGACGCGAGCUUUCGAGGCGUCGUCCACUGGUUCGACGUUUGGCUCUCGCAGUGA